CUCUGGCGGCUCCGGCACGCCACCGCUGCCGUGGACACGACAAGGGGCAAGAAACGGUGGCUGCCGGGGCGCACUUCCUGCUCGGCGCGCCGGCGCCACUGGCGCGCGCGCGCGCCCUCCCCAACGACCGGCAGCGGCAAGGGAGGCGGCGCACGAUGGAGCUCCCGACUGCUGUGAGCACGCUGGCAGCGCUGGCCGCCCUGCUGCUCGUCCGCCAAACAGGCGGACAGCUGUCCCCCGGGGAGUCGUGUCCAGCCGGGGACCGCCAGCAGCUCAGCGGGUGCCUGUCGGCUGCUCUGGAGCGCCUCCGACCCUUCUUCAGAAGCGGCAUUCCCGAGAACAACAUCCCACCGGGCGACCCGCUGACCCUGGAGCAGGUCAACUUCCGCGACGGACCGCUGGAGGCCCAGUACACCGACGUCGUCGUCAGGGGGUUCUCCGCCUUCGUGCUGCACAGCCUGGACGUGGAUCCGUUCGGCCGGCGGCUGACGUUCAACUUGACCGUGCCGGUGGCGAACCUGGCCGGCCGCUACAACGUCAAGGGCAACAUCCUGGGCGCCACCAUCAGCAGCCGUGGCACGUUCGCCUCGGAAAUUCAAACUGUGGAGAUCCUUGGAUUCGGUGAGCUUGGUUUGCGCCAGUCACCGGACGGCCUGUCAGACCACGUGCAGGCCACCAACCUUCGAGUGAAGCUGGAUAUUGGCCCCACGCAUCACCAGAUCAACUACGAGGCCAACUCGGAACGUGACCGAGUCAUAGGUGAAACUGUCCGCAAGCUAGUCACGAGAAACGACAAGAUUCUGCUGCGGGACGUUUGGCCCGAGAUCGAGACCAAGGUGGCGGAGGUGAUGUCGCGGCUGGUGAACCAGGUGCUGACUAUCAUCCCGGUCAGCUCGGCCGCCAGCGGCGUCGGGCCGGCGCAGGGGGCGCUCCAGGCGCGAGGUUUCGCCGGAUAAGUGCAGGCAGCACGGUCGCGCUGCUGCUUCAGCAGGCGUGCAGCGGACGCUGUCCCGAGACGUUUUCACUGUGAUUUUUAUAGCGAGCCAGCGACUGAACGCGCUCCUGCUGCUAGGGGCGAUUUGCGGAUACAUGUUACGGCUAUGAGCCAAUUCGCUGCUUUUCAUGCGAUGUGUGAGAGGAGCAAGGAAUGUGUGCGCUUGCGCAAUGUGUCCACGGUCUUGUGUCCACUGCGUUUUUGGGAAUUAGCAGCCUGAUCGAUAAAUGAAGAGUUAUCCCAAAUGUC